UUGAGGUGUGCCACUGAAUAUAAAGAGGAAGGAUGGGAGGCUGAGCGCACAGGACUGAGAGGUGAAGACCGGUUUGGCUUUAAGAUGAAUCGACUUGUGGUUAUCGUUGCGACACUCUUCGUCCCCACUACAUACGGUGCUGCAGGCGGUUUGUGGUGUUACCAUGAUCCUAGUUGUGAUGACACCACUUGGUCCACCAUUGCCAGUGAACAUUGCAACGGAUCCCGUCAGUCUCCCAUCAACAUCGUCUCUGCAUCAGCAGUGGGCGAUGAAACCCUGACUGCCUUCACCUUCACCAAAUACGGAGACAACUCUACAAUGAAGAAUAUCAAGAACACUGGCAAAACUGUCAAAGUGGAACUGACAAGUGGUGUCCAGGUUACAGGUGGGGCCCUGUCUGAGGCCUAUGACAGCCUGCAGUUUCACCUCCACUGGGGGAAUGGUACCUCAGUACCUGGGUCGGAGCACACAGUGGAUGGAACCCGCUACCCCAUGGAGUUGCACAUAGUAAAUGCAAAGUCUUCACACAACGGUAACACGACCACGGCCGUUGCAGACAGCACAGGACUCGCUGCUCUUGGCUUCUUCAUAGAGGCCAUGCCGGGUAAUGCAACUGGUUCACCAGCAGCCUGGAAUACUCUGACAUCCUACUUGGCCAACAUCACACUAAAAGAUGAUAUUGUGAACAUUACUCAUGCUAUUUCAUUGGAUGAGCUCCUGGAAGGGGUGGACCGUACCAAAUACUACCGUUACCUUGGCUCCCUGACCACUCCAAAUUGCAACGAGGCUGUGGUUUGGACCGUGUUCAAGGACCCUAUCAAAGUCAGCCAGGACUUGAUUGAUCUCUUCAGUACAACAUUGCACAUUGACCACAACUCCACCUCUGCCUUGAUGACCAACGUCUUCAGGAGCAUCCAGCCGUUCAAUGACUGGGUGGUGACGACCCAGGGCCGCCCAGCUUCGGGAGCCUCCACAAUGUGCUCCUCUCUGGGCCUCAUGGCCCUGGCCUGGGUGCUGCUGAGGUUGUAGUGACGGCGAAUAACUCCUUACCUGAAGUGCAUUGGCAUAUCUCCAUGAACCCUCAAUCUACCAACAUAUUUUCCUUAUAUCGAUUACCAACAAGGGUCAUCUUGACCCCAAGAAGAAACUAUUGGAAAAAGCAACAAUCAUAGCGAAAUGUGUUUAAUCCUUGGUUGGUAAAUAUAGCCCCAGGUUACAGAUUUUUCUACCAAUGAUGACUGUAAACUAAGCCCGAGCAUGAAGUCAAUAAAGAAUGUCAAUGUACUUGA